CGGAUUUCUGGCUCGUGAUUUGUCAAAGCCCAGGCGCUCCCCUUCUCCGCCCCUCUCCGGCUGGGUGAGAGGUCAACGGAGGGGCGGUCUGCGGGGACAACAAUGGCGGGGCUCUGGGUCGGGACAGCAGCGCUGGUCGCUGCCGGACGGCGUGGGCGGUGGCCGCCGCAGCAGCUGAUGUUGAGCGCGGCACUGCGGACCCUGAAGCAUGUUCCGCACUAUUCAAGACAGUGCUUAAUGGUGUCCCGUAAUAUUGGUUCAGUGGGAUAUGAUCCUAAUGAAAAAACUUUUGAUAAAAUUCUUAUUGCUAAUAGAGGAGAAAUUGCAUGUCGGGUUAUUAAAACUUGCAAGAAGAUGGGCAUUAAGACAGUUGCCAUCCACAGUGAUGUUGAUGCUAGUUCUGUUCAUGUGAAAAUGGCGGAUGAGGCCGUCUGUGUUGGCCCAGCUCCCACCAGUAAAAGCUACCUCAACAUGGAUGCCAUCAUGGAAGCCAUUAAGAAAACCAGGGCCCAAGCUGUACAUCCAGGUUAUGGAUUCCUUUCAGAAAACAAAGAAUUUGCCAGAUGUUUGGCAGCAGAAGAUGUCAUUUUCAUUGGACCUGACACACAUGCCAUUCAAGCCAUGGGUGACAAGAUUGAAAGCAAAUUAUUAGCUAAGAAAGCAGAGGUUAAUACAAUCCCUGGCUUUGAUGGAGUAGUCAAGGAUGCAGAAGAAGCUGUCAGAAUUGCAAGGGAAAUUGGCUACCCUGUCAUGAUCAAGGCCUCAGCAGGUGGUGGUGGGAAAGGCAUGCGCAUCGCUUGGGAUGAUGAAGAGACCAGGGAUGGUUUUAGAUUGUCUUCUCAAGAAGCUGCUUCUAGUUUUGGCGAUGAUAGACUACUAAUAGAAAAAUUUAUUGAUAAUCCUCGUCAUAUAGAAAUCCAGGUUCUAGGUGAUAAACAUGGGAAUGCUUUGUGGCUUAAUGAAAGAGAGUGCUCAAUUCAGAGAAGAAAUCAGAAGGUGGUGGAGGAAGCACCAAGCAUUUUUUUGGAUGCGGAGACUCGAAGAGCAAUGGGAGAACAAGCUGUAGCUCUUGCCAGAGCAGUAAAAUAUUCCUCUGCUGGGACCGUAGAGUUCCUUGUGGACUCUAAGAAGAAUUUUUAUUUCUUGGAAAUGAAUACAAGACUUCAGGUUGAGCAUCCUGUCACAGAAUGCAUUACUGGCCUGGACCUAGUCCAAGAAAUGAUCCGUGUUGCUAAGGGCUACCCUCUCAGACACAAACAAGCUGAUAUUCCCAUCAACGGCUGGGCAGUUGAAUGUCGGGUUUAUGCUGAGGACCCCUACAAGUCUUUUGGUUUACCAUCUAUUGGGAGAUUGUCUCAGUACCAAGAACCAUUACAUCUACCUGGUGUCCGAGUUGACAGUGGCAUCCAACCAGGAAGUGAUAUUAGCAUUUAUUAUGAUCCUAUGAUUUCAAAACUAAUCACAUAUGGCUCUGAUAGAACUGAGGCACUGAAGAGAAUGGCAGAUGCACUGGAUAACUAUGUUAUUCGAGGUGUUACACAUAAUAUUGCGUUACUUCGAGAGGUGAUAAUCAACUCACGCUUUGUAAAAGGAGACAUCAGCACCAAAUUUCUCUCUGACGUGUAUCCUGAUGGCUUCAAAGGGCACACGCUAACCAAGAGCGAGAAGAACCAGUUAUUGGCAAUAGCAUCGUCAUUGUUUGUGGCUUUCCAGUUAAGAGCACAACAUUUUCAAGAAAAUUCAAGAAUGCCUAUUAUUAAACCAGACAUAGCCAACUGGGAGCUCUCAAUAAAAUUGCAUGAUAAAGUUCAUACUGUAGUAGCAUCAAACAGUGGGUCAACGUUCUUGGUGGAAGUUGAUGGGUCGAAACUAAAUGUGACCAGCACGUGGAACCUGGCUUUGCCCUUAUUGUCCGUCAGCGUUGAUGGCACUCAGAGGACUGUCCAGUGUCUGUCUCGAGAAGCAGGUGGAAACAUGAGCAUUCAGUUUCUCGGUACAGUGGGUUCAGAGGGACAGAAACACACAUGUAAUCUGGCUCUGCAUGCACCAGAACCUUCUCACUCCGGGUAAGGGACAGCCACAGUUUCUGGGACGUUACCUAAAAACACAAUAAUCUCACUUAUUCUCUGACAGAUAAUCAUCAGUCAUAGCCCCACUACCCACUUUUAUUAAAGAAAUAGCUGGGCCUUGUAGGUUAAGCUCUUUAUAUUCUGGGAGAAGGCCAUGUUAUCCAUUCCUCAAAUCCUCAGAAAUAAAACAAAAAUGAAAGCCCAUUCAUAACAGGAACGCCUAAUCUUGUAAUGAGGGAAUCACUGAGUGUGGCACAGGGAAGACUCCUGAGAGAUCCUGAUGGGGUACAAGUGUGCUGACCGACAUCCUAGAUUCAGUGGGCCCUUGAACAAUGUGGGGGCUAGGACGCCAACCCUGUGCAGUCAGUAAUCUACGUAUACCUUCUGACUCCCCCAGAAUGUAACUACCAGUAGCCCACUGCUGACCAGAAGUGUUACCAAUAACAUAAACAGUCAUUUAGCACAUAUUUGGUAUGUUACGUGAUUAUAUACUGUAUUCCUACAAUAAAGUAAGCUAGAGAGAAUGUUGGGAAAAUCAUCAAGAAGACGAUGUAUUUAUUCAUUAAGUGAAAGUGGAUCAUCAUAAAGGUCUCGAUCUUCAUCGUCUUCGUGUGGAGUUGGCUGAGGAAGAGAAGGAGGGGUUGAUCUUGCUGUUAAGGGCAGCAGAGUCAGAAGAAAAUCCACAUUGAAGUGGCCCCAUUCAGUUCAAAUCCAUGUUGCUCAAGGCUCAACUGUACACCAAACUGAAAAAUGGUUCCAUUUUUAGUAAGAAAUCGCCUACUCUAAGUCCCACUGCUUCCCUUUGCACUUGAUGGCAAGGGUCUUUAACUGUGUCCCUGGAGCUGGCUUGGCUCCACUGACAGAGGCUCCCCGACAGUCUGACAGGCCACUUUCGUUAGAGGAGAAGGUACCCCCUCGCCUACCUGUGUUUUCUUACUUCACGGGUCUUGAUUCCUGACUCAGGAGCA